UCCUUUGGGUUUUAUCCACUUUUUUGUAUUUUGUAAGGUUUUUUUGGGUUUUUAUCAUUUUAAAAUUUGUUUGUUUAUUGUAAGAUUUUUAAUGGCACCUAAGAAAGUGGCUUCAGAAUUGAACACUUCUCCCAACAAAGCUGAAGAGAAGGAGAUGAAGGAAAUGGAGAGCACAGAUGUUCCUGAAGAGGUGAAAGCUGUGAGAAAGGUUUCUCCUCACCCGUCCACAAUGGAGAUGAUGAAGGAAGCGCUGACUGAGCUGGACCAGAGGAAGGGCGUAUCUGCUCAGGCCAUCCGUGCCUUCAUCAAGGAGAAACACACCACGGUGGAUGAGACGAGGCUGAAGACGAUGGUGCGAAAAGCUCUGGUUAAAGGGAUUGACUCUGGGACUUUCAUCAGACCUGCGAACUCCUCAACCACCACUGGAGCUCAGGGCCGCUUCAGACUUGCUGUCAGGAAGCCAAAACCAGCAAAAAGUAAAGAGGCUAAAGAGAACUCUAACCCCAACGUCGGCAAGAACAAAGACCAGAAAGCUAAGACUGGAAAUGUGAAGGCGAAGAAGGUGAAGGCUGCGGCGGCUGAGGGAGUCAAACCAGCCAAAAAAACCAAGAACGAUGCGUCCGCUUCCAAAGUGGCUCCUGCAAAGAAACCCAAAGCCAAGCAAGCUUCUGGAGGAUCUGAUGAAGCAGAGCCAGAAAGCGAAACUCAGAAAACCUCCACCAAAAAGCCAAAAAGCACUGAGAAACCUGCUGCCAAGAAAGGAGGCAGGAAAGCAGCUCAGAAAGCAGAUGAAGGACCUGGUGAUGAAGCAGGAGCGAGCCUGCUGAAUAAAGGAAAGAAGGAGGCUCAGAAAUCUGAGGAAGGAGGAAACGUGGCUGAAGCGACUGUGCAGAAGAAGAGAGGGAAGAAAGCUGCUCAGAAAUCAAGUGAUGGAGGAGAGCAGGACACUGCAAGAUCAUCAGGGAAGAAGGGAAGGAAAGUGGUGGAGAAAUAAGUUUUAAAAUGCACUUUUUUUUUUUUGUAUGUUCAAUAAAAAUCUUUUGUACUUUA